GAGCCGAGCACCCUCUGUGGAGCGAAAGGGACAAUCGUCGUGCCGAGUCCUUACUGCAGUUUGCUUUUCGCUCAAACUGGCCUGCAAUAAGCGCUCGGCCGACACCGAAUGUUGUCCCGAUUCAAGACCCCCACAUCCACACAGCUCUGACUGGAUUGGGCCCGUUUGGAGAGGUCAGCUCGCCCAAGGUGUCGCCGUUAACCCUCCGCGAAGGGGGGCGGAGCGCGCCCACCGACCGGGGCCGAUUGCGUGCGUCAGCGCGCCUUCAGCUCUGCUGAUGCUGAGACAAGCCAUGGUCUGGGAUUGACCCGUCCUUCGCUCAUCAGAUCGACAUCUUUCGCCGGUUGUCUGCCGCCACGAUGUCGGCGACAUGGGCACUUGUCGUCUCCCUACUCGCCUGCGCUGCUGCAGCCGAGGAACCCCUGCCGGGCAGUGCGAUGACGAGCGAACCCGAGCUGGAGGAGCAAGGCAGGGUGGCCUUGGAGGAGCUGGAGAAGAGCGGGCUGCAGUUGGAGGACUCGGGCGCCGCUGAGAAGCACCAGGAAUCCUACAACACGUUUGCGGCGGAACUGUUGGAGCCACGUUAUUGGGGGGAUGAAGGUUAUGCUUUCCCAUCCCCUCCUCCAGUGGAUCCUUUUGCAAAAAUACGGGUAGAUGAUUGUGGAAAAACUAAAGGCUGCUUUAGGUACGGGAAACCUGGCUGUGAUGCAGACACAUGUGAUUACUUCCUCAGUUAUCGCAGAAUAGGUGCUGAUGUUGAAUUUGAAUUAAGUGCUGACACUGAUGGUUGGGUUGCAGUUGGAUUCUCAUCUGACAAACUGAUGGGCGGUGAUGAUGUAAUGGCUUGUGUUCAUGAUGACAAUGGCAGAGUUCGAAUCCAACACUUUUAUAAUGUUGGACAAUGGGCAAAAGAAAUAAAAAGAAAUCCAGCCAGAGAUGAAGAAGGUAUUUUUGAGGACAACCGAGUAACUUGUCGAUUUAAACGACCUGUGUAUGUUCCUAGAGAUGAAACAAUUAUCGACCUUCAUUUGAGCUGGUAUUACUUAUUUGCAUGGGGUCCUGCCAUACAAGGCUCAAUUACCAGGCAUGACAUUGACUCUCCACCAGUAUCUGAAGAUGUUGUCAGCAUUUACAAGUAUGAAGAUGUGUUCAUGCCUUCUGCAGCUUUUCAAACCUUCUCUUCACCUUUCUGCCUGCUAUUAAUUGUUGCUUUGACUUUCUACAUAUUAAUGGGGACUCCGUAACUAAAUUGUUGCAGAAGAAUAUUAACAUAGAAAUAUUUGAUCUUAAAAUGAAUGCAUAUUUUCUUUUCAGAAUAGUUUUUUCACUGGACCCUCAGAUGAAUGUAUGACUAUACACUUGAAUAAUAAUCAGGAUUUGGACAAAUGAAAAUGUGAAAAAUAAGAAUUAGACUUGCAAAUCUUUGUUUUGUUUGUGGGACUCUGGCUGAUCAGUGGGACCAUACUGAGAGCUUAUUUGGACAGAGUAAGAGGGCAUCUCUACCCCCACCCUAUUGCCAGGUUAUCUUAUGCUGCAUGUGCCAAGCGGUCUAUAACUGAACAAUUAAUAAUGUUACUGUGAAAGUAAUUUCCGAGCUAACAUGCUACUUAAUUGGUAUCUUGAUACACUUGUAGGAUAGUUUUAUUUUGCAUAUUUUGUUAAGUAUUUAUUGUACCAGAUAUUUCAUUUUAAACUCUGUUUUGAUCAAUGCAAGACUUUGUAUUAAAUAAGUUAUUAAUUUUGUGUAAGGGUAGAGUAUUCAAAUUGUAGUGGCAUACAGUCUUAAGUUUUUACCCUUUAUAAAGAACUAACAAGCUAAUAGGAAUAAUUGUCUAAAAAAUUCAAAACUAAUUGAAUAUAUUUUUCAUGAGUAUGUACAGUAAAAUAAUCAACAAUUGAAACCCAAUCAUUAUCUUGUGUUUCUUGAGGAACAUUCCCGAAAGGUUUUAAGGAAAAAAUUGAAGUCGUACUUCAUUAGAAUCAUUCAAAUAUGUAAUUGCAAAAGCUAAAAAAAUUAUUUAGUAGUGAGACAUAAAUCAGUCGCAAUGUUCCUAAAAUUUAGUAGUUCUUGCUAUGGAAUUUGUACUACUGUAACCUAAGGUCUGCUGUUUGGGUCCCAGAAUAACAAAGGAUGCAAAAUUUCAGGCUUUAAGUAAAAUAUGGUAUUGAGCAGUACCAUUUUGAAAAGUAUUAGAGAAACAGUGUGAAUAUUCAAUAUCAAAACACGUAGAAAUGCAGCAGAGAGAAUCUGUAAAAGAUGUGGAUUGAGUAAGGAAUGUUUUUUCUUUCAUCUUUGUAAGUUUUUCUGUAUUUCUGCUUCAUUUUGUAAAAAUGAUAAUCCAGAAUGCAUGACAAUGCUAUUUACCGCACAUAAAGAACUUAGGAAAGUCAUUUGGUCCUUUUAUCUGGGUUUGAUGAGCAUAUAGAUUAACCUUCAGAAUGUUAAACCUUUGAUAUCUACUCUUUCUUGGCACUUUAACUGAGUAAAUACUCGAUGUUGGGUAUCAAAAUGGUGUUAUCAUAAAAGUUUAAAAUGAAGGUAGCUCUGUAUGAAGGAUUAUAUCUAGGUGAGGGAUGAUAAUGUAUUAAUGCUUAAAUUUCCAUUAGAAAAUAUUUUUUUAAUAAAUUGAUGUAUGUAAUCUCUUACUAAUGGCUUCAGUCCAGCCAUCCUUGAUCUACUUUCCUAUUUCACUUAAUGAUAAUAUCAUAAUCAGAUAGAGUUUCCACCAUUAGUUAAGUUUUUAAUUACAAUCUCUAAUAGUAAUGUUUUAUUGAUUAUUGAGGGAUAUGUAUCCAACAGCUAUUUUGAGGAUUGAUAAUUUAAUUUAUUAUUGAAAUUUAAUAUGUUUAAAAUUUCAUUUAAUAAAAGCAAAGUAUUGUAAUCCAUCAGUAGGGUAAACAGCAUCUGUGGAAAAAGAACAGUGUCUCUUGGUAAGAAUGGAAAAGAGAGAAGACAGCAGCAGAGAAGGUGGUUGAGGAUGGAUAGAACAAAGGAAAUAGUUCUAACAGAUGGAGACCAGACUGUGAUAGCUGUUAAAAUCAGAUUAAGCUGCUUUGUCUGCGUAAUAUGUUGCCAAUAAUAAGACUGUAGGACAUGCCCAAUAGAUCACACAAUACAAAAGAAUAGACAAAAAAGAGCCAAAAUGAUGAUGUUGCUAAAGAGCUUAUUGCUUUUGUUGCCUCUUGAACUCUUCAGACCUUAAGCAUGCUACUUGACGGUGAGAAGACCGUAUUAAAUCUGGAGUUUGAGAACCUUGGAUGACAAGGAAUGUUGCAUAUUUAGUCAAAAAGGAAAAGGAAGAACAUACUGAAUAAAAGGGUGCUGCUGUAGAGCAUUUCGUAGUUCAGUUCUAGUAUCAUCAAUAAGGAGUUUGUAUGUUCUCCCCGUUGGUGCAUGGGUUUCCUUUGGGUGCUCCAGUUUCCACCCACAGCCCUAACAUUGGUUGAUUGGUGAUUGUAAAUAAGAUAAGGUUACAGAAGUUGAAUUGUACAAAGCCCCUGAAAAAUAUAAAGGAAGCAGGAAAAAUUUAAAAAAUGGAAUCAGAGUGACAAAAAGAGGCCAUGAUGUGGCCUUAGCAAAUAGGAUUACGAAAAUCCCCAAGGUGAUUUAGGCAUAUAUUUAAAAACCAGGGAAGCUAGGGAAAGGGUAGGUCCACUCAAGACCAAAGUAAGAAAUUUAUGCCUCAAGCUGGAGUAAGUGGGCAAGGUACUAAAUAUAAAUACUUUGAAUCGGAUAUUCACCAAGGAAUAACACAUGGAUGAUAGUGAGAACAGAGAAGUGCAAGUUGAUAUUAAGGAGAAAGUGCUGGAUCUCUUGAAGAGCAUUAAGGUGGAUAAAUUGCUGGGGCCCUAUGGGGUCUAUUCCAGGAAACCAAGUUAAGCAAGGAUGGAGAUUGUUGGGGCCUUGGUAUUGAUCUUUAUAUUCUUUUAAGCCACAGGUGAAGUCCCAGAGAAUAGCCAGUUUUGUUUGGUUGUUUGGGAUAAUCCAGGAAAUUCUAGGAAGAUGAGCCUUACUGAUCGGGAAGUCAUUGGAGAUUCAUAUGGACAGUAAUUAUUCUCAUCGGGAAAGGCAUAGACAGUAAAGGAAGUCAGCUUAGGUUGUUCAUGUCUCUCAAACACAAUUAAGUUUUUUGAGAAAGUAUACAGAACAGUACAGCACAGAAACAGACCCUUCAGCCCAUGAUAUCUCUGCCAGCCAUGAUGCCAAAUUAAAUGAGUCAGAUAUGGUUCAUAUCCCUCCAUUUCCUGCAUGUUCAUGUUCUUGUCUAAGUUCCACUACAUUCUAGGCACCUACUACUCUGUUUAAACAAAACCUGUCCCUCACAUCUGCUUUAGACUAUCCCCUCUCACCUAAAAAACUAUGCCCUCUAUUAUUUGAUACUUCUACCAUGGGAAAAGGGCUCAGACUAUCAACUUUAUCUGUGCUUCUCAUAACUUUAUAAACCUUUCAGUUCUUCCCUUAAUCUCCAAUACUCCACAGAAAACGAUCCAAGUUGAUCCAACCUCUCCUUAUUCCUAAUUUUCUAGAAGGCAGAGUGUGUGGUAGAAGAGUGUAACUCUGUUAGGGGUUCUAUGAUCUACGGUAUUCCACAAGGAUCAGUGUUCAAACAUAUAUUGUAUGUAAUAUAUAACAAUUAAAAUGUAGGCGGUCUGAUUACAAAAAUUGAUAAAACUGCAGAUGGUGAGGAAGGUUAUUAAAGGAUACAGCAGGGUUUGGAUCUAGCUGGAAGACUGGUAAAUCAGAUUUAAAGCAGACGAGUGUGAGGUGAUGCCACUCCCUGAAAGUGGCAACACAAGUGGAUGGGGUGGCAAAGAGGGCAUUGGGCAUGCUUACCUUUAUUGGUGGGGGCCUUGAGAGUCUUAGAUAUAUGGAGUGGUUGGAUAAUCUUGGAUUGUUUUUACUGAAGGGUAGGAAGCCAACAAGCAAUCUUAUAAACAUGUAAGAUUAUGAGAGGCAGAGACAAGGUAAGUCAUCAGCAUCUUUUUUGCAGGAUGGAAAUGUCAAAUACUAGAGGGCACAUGUUUAAAUGAAAGGGAGAAAUUUUAAAGAAGAUUUACCAGACAAGCCUUUUUUUUUCCCAGACAGGUUAGUAUGUGCCAGGAACAUGCUACCUGGGAAGUGAUAGAAGCAGAUAUGAUAGCAAUAUUUUAAAAAAUAUUUAGACAUACAUAUGAAAAGGUAAAGAAUAGAGGGACAUAGAUCAUAUGCACGCACAUAGGAAUAAAUAGAUUGGUACCGAUGUUGUGAGUCAGAGGAUCUGCAGUAUUCUGAAUGCAGCAAAUCAAGACCAUCUUUUGCAACAUUGGGCACCAUGCCAGCAAAUCUCCUGAUAUCAGUAUUUGGAGAGAAUUAUUUCAGAGAAAAUGUUCAAAGUGUUUGUGUAGACUUUUAGUCAUGGGUGCAUUAGAAUAUGGAGUAAAUGUAUAAAAAUAAGUUAAUUUUGUGUACAAUAAGCCCAAUACCUUGUGGCUUACAGUAAAAAUUGCAUGUUAACAUUGUUUACAUUGUCAAAUUGCUCAUGCUAAUUAGUGCUUUACUAGUGCAUAGCCACUAGUUAUAUGUUUACUGCUACAUAUAUGUGAUUAUAUCCUAUGAACUUCUGUCAAGAUUCCUAAUUGAUGGUCACAGGCUAUAUCCAAGUACUUCACAAUUUCAAAUGGCUACAUUCCAAUUUCUUUGUAAAAUAAUGUCCACCAGCAGAUCAAUUGAGCAGGACAUAAAAUGGCCUAAGAAGACUCCAGCCAAAUACACAAAUCCAACAAACAUCUUGCCUUACUACCUAUUAAGUGGCUAUUAAGAAUUGGAUCAGCCCAUGAUUGAAUGGCAGAGCAGACUCGAUGGGCCAAAUGGCCUACUUCUGCUCCUAUAUAGUAUGGUCCAAACCUAUUGCGUGUAACCUGUGUACUUGGUUAAAUUUCAGUGCUACUCUUUCUGACCUUUAAGCUCACUUAAGUUUGCAAAUUGCAAAUGGAUCUCAGCUUAAAACUGCAAUGAAGGUAGUUAAAAGGGGAAGAAUUCAAAAAAUAUGGAAAACAAAUUAAACAACCCAAGAAAUGGAAUCAAGCAAGACUAAGUGGGAGAUGCUAAUGGUAUGAUACCUCAAACAAGAAUCUCAAAACAAAUUUGGAGUUGACAAAUGUAAUGAUUCAGGCUUUCUAAAAAACAAUUCUGACAUACCUACUAUAAAGUGGCCACUGAGUGUUUUUCAUGGUCUUCUGUAGUCCUUCCACUUCAAAGUUUGAUGUGCAUUCAGAGAGGCUCCUCUGCACACCACUGUUGUAACACAUAGUUAUUUGAGUUACUGUUGCCUUCCUGUCAACUUGAACCAGUCUGGCCAUUCUCCUCUGAUCUCUCUCAUUAAUAAGGCAUUUUCAACCACUGAACUCAUUGGACUUUUUUUGUUUUUCGCACCAUUCUUUACACUACUACACAACUGUUGUGCAUGAAAAUCCUAGGAGAUCAGCAGUUUGUGAGAUACUCUAAAUACCCCAUCUAGCACCAUAAAUCAUUCCAUAGUCAAAGUCACGUAGAUCACAUUUCUUCCCUGUUUUGUGUUUGGUCAGAAAAACAACUGAACCUCUUGACCUUGUUGGCAUGCUUUUAUGCAUUGAAUUGCUGCCACAUGAUUAGCUGAUUAGAUACUUGCAUUGACACUGUGUGUAAAUUUGCACUUAGUACAGGAGCAAAAAGGAAUAUUUUCAUAUCUGGUGAGAUUCCAGUCCCCGGAAUUUAUAUUAAUUUAAAAUCCCAAUGAUUUGCUUAUCUUCUAUCUUUCCAAUCUUGUAUCUAAUUCUCUUAGGUGAAUAUUAUAAUAUAAGCUAUUACAUAUAACAGAAACUGUGACGGUAGUGUACUUGUCAAAAUCUUGACAGUGCAGACUUAACUUUUACAGGAAAUUACAAAAUACUCAAUUUUAUAUUAUUUACAUGCAUGUUCAUCUACAAUUAUGUAAAUAUCCAAAUAAAUCAUUACAUAUAUACCAUAUCUUUUCCUUUGACUAUCCAUUUGAGGAUGACUUUCUUUCUAUUUCUGAGGUACUAAAGAGUCCUGUGCAUGAAUUGUUAGCUCAUCAAUAUGACAGUGUACAAUCUUGGACCAAUGGUAAGGAGUCUUAUACAAUUGGCUACCAGGUCUUCACAAGUUCCUGAAAUAACACAGAUUCUAAGCACACACAAAUGCACACUGAUCACACACUCAUACAAGAGAAAAUCUGCAGAUGCUGGAAAUCCAAGCAAUACACACAAAAUGCUGGAGGAACUUAGCAGGCCGGGCAGUAUCUACGGAACAGAGCACAGUCGACGUUUUGGGACAAAACCCUUUGGCAGGACAGGAGAAAAGAAGCUGAGGAGUAGAUCUGAAAG